AUGGUUAUCAUUCCGGGACUUUUCUCCGCCGUUGUGCACUUGCACCGGCACACCGAAGCACUAAGUUUCACAAAUGCUGCUGCAGUGCCAGCAUCUUCAUACUGUCGGACAACGGGCAAUACUUUCCAUCAUUGCCAUGCUGAAAAUGAUUACAUGUUGGAGCAAAGCAUGGUCACCGGUGCAAAAAAAGCAAAUGGCUAUUACGGAGAGUUCAGUGUAGCGAAGGAUGUUUGA